CAAACAAGCCUUUAGCUAGUUUUAAAAUUAAUAUUUAAAAUUAACCGUUUUGAUAAUGUAAAACUACCCAUUUUGAUAAAAGAUUAUUAAAUAAAAAUAAAAAUACGAAGUGGAGGAGUAAAUAAUUAAUGAUUAAUUGACGUCUCUAACUUUUUUUUUACUAUUACCCCUUCUUAAUUAUUAUGACGGUUUGCGUUGAAAACACCAUCCCGCCACACCCGAUUCUUUCCACUUCUUUUCUGAGCAUCUGCUACUAGUACAAGUUUACAGCUAUUACACCAAAGAUUACCUAUUAAACUAUUUCAAUUAAAGUACUAUCCAAAGUUCAACCAUUUGCAUUUCACACUCUUCCUUUUAGCUACCAUAUCCUAGCUCCAUCAUGAGACAACUUAGAGAAAAGUUUCCAUAAUCUUCACCUUUGAUUGCUUCAUAAUUACUACACAUAUACUCGUUUCUCGUUACUCGUUACUCGUUACGUACGUCUUUGUCGCCUCUAGGUUAUACUUGGGUAGUUUUGUUUUGAUUUUGGGGUCUGUGAGGAUAAAUCUGAGCUUGGCUCUGAUACCACUUUGUAACGAGUAAAAAUGAUUACAGGAAAAGACAUAUACGAUGUGUUUUCCGCAAUCACCCCACUUUACGUGGCGAUGAUUUUAGCCUAUGGCUCGGUCCGGUGGUGGAAGAUCUUCACCCCGGACCAAUGCUCAGGGAUUAACCGUUUUGUAGCAGUGUUCGCCGUGCCAUUGCUUUCCUUCCACUUCAUCUCCACCAACGACAUCUACAAGAUGAACUACCAUUUCAUAGCCGCGGAUUGCCUACAAAAGGUGGUCAUCCUCACCGCUCUGAGCUUAUGGCUUAUGAUCACCAAGAAAGGAAAUCUAGAGUGGAUGAUCACCCUAUUUUCGCUUUCAACGUUGCCUAACACCCUUGUGAUGGGGAUCCCCCUUUUAAAGGCUAUGUAUGGAGACUUUAGUGGUGGCCUUAUGGUCCAAAUUGUGGUGCUACAAAGUAUCAUUUGGUACACCCUUAUGUUGUUUUUGUUCGAAUAUAGAGGAGCUAAGUUGCUCAUCUCCGAGCAGUUCCCGGAAACCGCUGCUUCCAUCACUUCUUUCCGUGUCGAAUCCGAUGUCGUCUCCCUUAACGGCAGGGAGCCUAUACAGGCAGAUGCAGAAAUAGGAGAUGAUGGUAAACUACACGUAGUAGUAAGAAGAUCAACAGCUUCAAGUAUGGUAUCAGGUUCUAAUCACAAAUCACACCUCCAUUCAUUAACCUCGAUGACGCCGCGAGCAUCAAACCUCACCGGCGUAGAAAUCUACAGCAUACAGUCCUCUAGGGAGCCAACCCCUAGAGCCUCAAGCUUUAAUCAAACCGAUUUCUACGCCAUGUUCGCUAGCAAGGCUGCGAGUCCUAGACACCCGGGUGCAGGGUACCCCCAAGGCAGUGGGGGCGGGGACGUAUUCUCCUUACAAUCUUCCAAGGGACCUACCCCAAGAACAUCAAACUUUGAUGAAGAAAUGAUUUAUAAACAACAACAAUUACAACUACAACAACAAGGUGGUGGUGUUGGUGGGAAGAGGAGGAUGGGGAGGAGUAUGAGUGGGGAGUUGUAUAAUGGCGGAGGCUCGCUACCGCCUUACCCGCCUCCUAACCCAAUGAUCGCGGGACCGACAAGCUCGGGUGGGGGUAGGAGGAAGGAUGGUGGUGGUAACCCGCCUACGCCGCCUAAUAAGGACUUGCAUAUGUUUGUUUGGAGCUCUAAUCAGUCACCUGUUUCGGAGCAUAUGAAGAAUAGUAAUGUUAUGAAUAAUAAUGUUAGAGGUGGGACUAAUGAUCUUGGGAUUUUGGAUUCUUCUAAGGCUGUUCUUCAACAAGAGAUUGCUGCUGCUAGAGCUGGCAUGAACAAUUUUCAAGAGAACUUGAGCCCAACUGGAAAAGAGAAUGGCGACAAGGUGGAAGGGGACGACGAAUUCAAAUUCCCGACGACGGGAUCGCCGUACCAGAAGAAGGUGGUGGAUGACAUGGAAGAAGGGAAUGUACUGGAGAGGAAGCAUCAAAUGCCCCCUGCUAGUGUCAUGACUAGACUCAUACUUAUCAUGGUUUGGAGGAAACUUAUUCGUAACCCCAACACUUAUUCUAGUCUUUUAGGCUUAGCUUGGUCUCUUAUAUCAUACAGGUGGAACAUCGAAAUGCCCACAAUUGUGAAAGGAUCGAUAUCAAUUUUGUCGGAUGCAGGCUUAGGAAUGGCCAUGUUCAGUCUAGGGUUGUUCAUGGCCUUGCAACCAAGGUUAAUAGCAUGUGGAAAACGAGUGGCUACAUUUGCAAUGGCAGUUAGAUUUUUGACUGGUCCUGCUGUUAUUGCCGCAACUUCUAUCGCCAUUGGUCUUCGUGGUGUUCUUUUACAUAUUGCCAUUGUUCAGGCUGCUCUACCUCAAGGAAUCGUGCCUUUUGUAUUUGCAAAGGAGUAUAAUGUCCAUCCCGAUAUUUUAAGCACAGGGGUUAUUUUCGGAAUGUUGAUUGCGUUACCAAUUACAAUAUUGUACUACGUGCUUCUUGGACUCUAAACGUAGAGGCAUGAAUGUAGCUAGGUUAGUAAGUUUUUGGGUCAAGCCAAGGCAUCAAGAGCAGAAGAAAUGAUACACCAAUACACGUACGACAGCGGACACAUUGAUUAAAUUUGAAGAUAAAUUGAUAUAACUUAAAGUUUAAAAAUUAGUUUUAAAAUUGAAAAUAAACAAAUUUUAACUACAAAUUUUACCAAAAUUGUCCGAAAUUUAGUGAAACAUUUUUUUGUUAUCUUGGUCUUAUAGAUUGGUUACUGAUUUAUGUCAAGAACACUAUAUACAAGUGUAAAUUUAGUGGUUUAAUUAGAAAGUAGGUGUUUUGGAAGCUAUAGAAUUGAAUGAUCAACAGAUUGAAGUUCUCCCGCAAGUUAGUGAUGUCUUCUUCUAUUGUAUUGCAAUCUGAGACUACUAAAAAUUCAUUAAUUUUCAUAUUAUUUACAUAUUUCCUCUCAUUCUGAGCACCAAAAAAAAAAAAACAAACAUAUUUCCUCUCAUUCUUUAUUGUUAAUAGGUUGUUACUAAAUAAAUGUGUAUGGACUCAAUAGUUUAAUCAUUGUUUAUUUUGAUGAUGAAAAUAAAAAAUUAAAAAUUAAACUCAG